CGUCGCUCCUGGUUCAUUUUCAAUGGGGAAUUGUCUGUCGUCGCAGAGUGCAGAUGACCUGUCUCUUCUGAACGACUCCGAAGGAGCCAGUCUACCAGGAGAACCGCCACCGCCUUACCAGGAGCGUGCUGCUCAGCAUGUCCCGGUGUUCCAGCCGUUGGGCGGUCAUCCGCCCCAGCUGAGCGAGGAGGAGCAGGUCAGAUUGGCCCUGCGGAUCGGCCUCAUCCAGCACCUGCCCCGCGGCAUCUACCAGCCCUCACAACAGCACCCCGACAAGAGGAACAAAGAGUGUGUGAUCUGCAUGAUGGACUUUGAGCUGGGUGAUGCGGUGCGCUACCUGCCGUGUCUGCACACCUACCACGUGGACUGCAUCGACGCCUGGCUGAUGCGCUCCUUCACCUGUCCCUCCUGCCUGGAGCCCGUGGACGCAGCCCUGCUCUGCUCCUACCAGACAAACUGACCUUUCAACCAUGACCUUCGACCCUUCUAGCUCCUUCACCUGCCCCUCCUGCCGUGAGCCCAUGGACGCCGCCCUGCUCUGCUCCUACCAGACCAACCCUGACCUUUCAACCCCUAACCUUUGACCCUUCACUUUUAUCUCCAGACCCUCCUGAGCCCUCGACUGUUCUCUUCGAUGCCUUGACCACAUGACGCAUCUCAUCAUCUCUUCCUUACAGCCUGAAGCUGACCUUUCAACCCUGACCUUUGACGUUCGACUGCAGAGAGCCCUGUGUUCUGUCCUAGACCACUCAAAUUUGACCUCCCAACCUGUUGACCCCAUACCCAUGACUGCCCUACGUCAGACAGGACGACCUGUAACCUCUUUUCAUCUGACCUUUCACCUUUCCCUGUAACCUAGACAAAGAUCACCACUGUUACACUCUGCUUCCAAAAACAAUUUCCAAAGCGGUCAUCUCCGCUCAAAUCGGUCCCAAAAAAACAGUUACUGGACAUCGAGGAAGAAAAUUAGAUCUGUUGCUCAACAAGUCCAAAUAGGAGAUGGAUCUGCUAUAAUAUCAGAAUCAGCUACCCAAUGACUGGAACAUUUCAAAACACAUCAGCCAUUCAGGAAUUGUUGUUGCACAGUUGAGCGAAUGACACAGGGGGCCCAACAAUGAAAAACUGUAAUGACUAAGAGCAGUGCCAACAUGGAAUAGCCAAUCAGGGCAUCCGUUAUUGGGUGGUGCUUGUUUGAUGGUGGAUAUGAGCUUUUCUGCUCCAACAUCAGAGUCAGCCUCAGGGGGCUGAAGAAGAGGGGUAGAUGAAGGAGGAAAGUGUGCCAGAGUAUCCCACAGGGCUUCAACCACCCAUUAUAAACCAAUGACUGGAGCCGUUCAAAACACAACAGCCAAUCAGAGGUUGUGUUGUUGCUUAGUAUUAGUUUGACUGAGGAUAUGUUUAGUUUUGUUGAUUUCUGAGUGGCUGGAGCCUUAGUCAGUGGGGUAAUGACUGACAAUGGAAAUGAGAUCAUUAGGGCCAGUGGUGUGUGUUUUUCUUUGGUACUGUAGUGUAGAGUAUAGAAUGACGAAGAAGACAGGAUAUGUUCUCUUUUUUUUUU